AUGUUUUGUGCCACGAAGAAUCUUUCUACAAGCAAGGGGAACCUAAUACAGGCAGGUGAUUUAUUUGAGAUAAGGGGCAAGGUCCUACAUCCAUUUGUACCUAAAAAUGGUACUGACUUCAAGGAGAAAACAGACUACGGCCAGCUUCACAACGGCCACCUGGUUAGGCACUGGAUCUUGGCUCUUGGAACACGAGAUCACAUUGACCAUCUGCUCAAAGAAAAAUUACUGCGAAUGCCAACACGCAAGAGCUUACCUGUGCCUCCAGAAAAGGCGUCCAAUUUCACCAUGGCGGGUGACCCGUCGAAUAGAGAUGUGACUGAAGCAGAGAAGGCUGUGCGAACAAAAGGCCAGAGAGACGCAGAGUCCAAGAUAUUAAAUAGAUUGAAAGCGACACUUGAGAACAGCAACAAGACUUCCAAGACUAAUGAAGAUGAUGAGGCUGAGAAGAAGAAGGAAACAAAGUCUUCAAGUACUGAGCAUGAUGAUAAGGAAGAGGAGAACAAGAAGGAAACAAAGUCUUCAAAUACUGAGCAUGAUGAUAAGGAAGAGGAGAACAAGAAGGGAACGAAGUCUUCAAAGACAAAGCAUGAUGAUAAGGAAGAGAAGAACAAGAAUAAGGGAACAAAGUCUUCAAAGACAAAGCAUGAUGAUAAGGAAGAGGAGAACAAGAAGGAAACAAAGUCUUCAAAGACAAAGAAGCAUGAUGAUAAGGAAGAGGAGAACAAGAAGGGAACGAAGUCUUCAAAGACAAAGCAUGAUGAUAAGGAAGAGAAGAAUAAGGGAACAAAGUCUUCAAAGACAAAGCAUGAUGAUAAGGAAGAGGAGAACAAGAAGGAAACAAAGUCUUCAAAGACAAAGAAGCAUGAUGAUAAGGAAGAGGAGAACAAGAAGGGAACGAAGUCUUCAAAGACAAAGCAUGAUGAUAAGGAAGAGAAGAACAAGAAUAAGGGAACGAAGUCUUCAAAGACAAAGCAUGAUGAUAAGGAAGAGGAGAACAGGAAGGGAACAAAGUCUUCAAAGACAAAGCAUGAUGAUAAGGAAGAGGAGAACAAGAAGAACAAAAUUGGGGCAAAGGUUAAUGCUAAUACAAAUGAGAACAAGAGUAAGACUGAGAAAAAGGAAGAGGAUAUGAAUAAUGAUGAGAAGAGAUGUGCAAGCUGUUCUUCCCUAUUCACUAUUAUUAAUGAAAUGAAAGUGGAUAUUGAAAUGAUCAAGGAGGCUGUCAUUGGUAAAAAAAAGAAGCAGCAAUCUCAUGACCAUGAAGGUACGAUCGAAAAUCAAAUUGCCUUUGAUGUUAACUCUCCGGCAGCCCUCAAAUCUGCGGGUAAAUUCCCUGAACAGAUUUCAUCAGGCAUGCUGUGGUGUGGCCAAGACGUAUAUGUUGCAGUCAAGAAAGUCGACCGUAAACUUCUGGAAUCAAGUGGCCUGCAAGCUGCGGUGACAGGCCUCAUGAACCUCAUGUUCCCGAUGAAAGCACAUCUGUUUGGGCUGAAACCAAAACCAAACAGUGGCAAGAUACGCCUUGCUGAAUGCUUUGUAAGCUCGAUCCAUGGUUUGAUCGAUGACUAUAAUGCAAGGCAAGGCGGGUCAGUAAACCUAAAGGAGGCUGAUGUGCGAGCCAAGCUGAGGCAUACCCUCAGUAAUUCGAAAGUACCUGAAAAUGAGAAGAAGGAAACUGAUGAAGAUAAAGAGAGGAACAAAAAGGAAGGAGAUGACAGUGAAGAUGAUGAGGGAAACCCAAACAGCGGUGAUGAAGAUGAAGAAAAAAACAAUGGUGAAACUGGUGGUGACAGUGAAGACAACAGUCAUGUUGACAACAGUGAAGAUGAUGACAAAAACAAUGGUGAUGGGAAUGGUGAAACUGAUGGUGACAGUAAAGACAACAUUCAUGUUGACAGCAGUGAAGAUGAUGACAAUAACCCAAACAGUGGUGAUGAAGAAACCAUUGAUAAUACAGGAACCAAUGGUGGAAAUUAUGGUGGCAGUAAAAGCAGCAGUGAAUCUGAUAGUGUCAGCGAAGAUGAGGACAGCGGCGAUAGUGGUGAUAGUGAAACUGAUGUGUCUGGGAGCGUUACAGAUGAAGAGGGCAAGUUCAAAGAUAUGAGUGGCCAUGAUGAUCAAUGGCAAACUGAAGGACAGUCUUUGCCAGACUUUUUUGAAGCGACAACUGAAGAACACGCAGCAGUAAAUAGGAGGAUUAGGAGAAAGUUAUUAAAGCAUUGA